CCCAUCGGUUAUACCUUGCGCGAUAAAAGGAAGCCAGUGUACCUCUUGCUCGGUCUCCUUCUUCUUCCAAACAGCUGGUCUGCGUGGUGUAGAUUCAGAGCGAGAGCGACAACAAAAUGGAAGAAACAGCUGAGAUCGAAAGGCCGAGGCCUAUUUUUAGAGAUAUCAGACGUUAUUUCUGUGAUUAUUGUGGAAUUUGCAGAUCUAAGAAGUCUCUCAUCACUUCUCAUAUUCAAACUCACCACAAGGAAGAGAUGGACAAGGAAGAAGCUCAUGGGGAAGAAAAAAUUGAGGGAGUGAAGUCUAAUACUUGCCAAGAAUGUGGUGCUAGUUUCAAAAAGCCUGCAUAUCUGAAACAACAUAUGCAAAGUCAUUCUCUUAUGAGACCAUUUGUGUGUUCAGCUGAUGAUUGCCAUGCCAGCUACAGAAGGAAAGACCACUUGACUCGCCACCUUCUUACGCAUGAGGGAAAGCUCUUCAAGUGUCCUAUCAAGAAUUGCAACCGUGAAUUUAUUUUCCAAGGCAAUGUUAAAAGGCAUGUUAAAGAACUCCAUAGCGAGAAUUCGCCCCCCACUAAUGUUGGUCAGAAGCAGUAUGUUUGCCAUGAAAUUGGUUGUGGGAAGGUGUUUAAAUAUCCUUCAAAGCUGCAAAAACACGAGGAGUCACAUGUCAAAUUAGAAUCAGUGGAGGCAUUCUGUGCAGAACCAGGCUGUAUGAAACAUUUUUCCAAUGCUGAAUGCCUCAAGGCCCACAUCCAUUCAUGUCACAGAUACGUGACUUGUGAGAUCUGUGGGACGGAACAGCUGAAAAAGAACUUGAAGAGACAUCUCCGCACCCACGAAGUUGGUGGUCAGUCGAUGGAGAGAAUUAAAUGCCAUUUUGAGGAUUGUUGCCACACAUUUUCUAGUAAAACAAAUCUUAAUCUGCAUAUUAAGGCUCUGCACCUUGAAGGCAGACCUUUCACGUGUGGAUUUCCAGGUUGUGAUAUGAGAUUUGCGUACAAGCAUGUCAGAGAUAAACAUGAGAAAUCUGGGUGCCAUGUCUAUACUCUUGGUGAUUUUGAAGAGUCUGAUGAACAAUUCAGGUCAAGGGCACGAGGUGGGAGGAAGAGGAAAUGCCCAACUGUAGAAAUGCUUAUUCGCAAGAGGGUUACUCCACCAACUGAUUUGGAUGAGUGCCAUGCUUGGUUUCAGUCAAUGGAAUCAUGAGCAUUGAGCAGUCAUGAAUUACUCUCAGGCUGUUGAACUUAGCUCUAUAUGUGAAGCUUGUAGUUGCUCUUGUAUAUUUUGCGUUUUGUUACUCUUAGAAAUAGAGGCUACGGACUGUUGAACUCGUUGUGUUCUAACUCUCCUGAUUUGUCAAAAGAUAUCAAAUCAGAUAUUUAUGCUAUAAUGUCGUAGCUUGAAGCUUAUUGGCACAUUUUUAUA